CGGCGGCGCCGUCAAGUAGCCCCGGGAACGGCCGGCACGCUGGCCGGGUGGGCGGAGGCCCAGCGCUCGGCCGCAGUUCGCCGCCUGUCGCCCGCCCGCCAUGCGUCCGCCGCCCCGCACGGCGCUUGGGCUCCUGCUGCUGCUGCUGCUGCUGCUGCUGCCGCGGUCCGGGUCGGACUCUGCCCGGAAGCCGACACCCUGCCAGCGGUGCCGGACGCUGGUGGACAAGUUCAAUCAGGGAAUGGCUAAUACGGCUAAGAAGAACUUUGGUGGCGGCAACACAGCCUGGGAGGAGAAGACGCUGUCCAAAUACGAAUUCAGCGAGAUCCGGCUCCUGGAGAUCUUGGAAGGCUUGUGUGAGAGCAGCGACUUUGAGUGCAACCAGAUGGUGGAGCAGCAGGAGGAGCGCCUGGAGGCCUGGUGGUUGCAGCUGAAGAAGAAGUACCCUGACCUGUUUGAGUGGUUCUGUGUGCAGACACUGAAAGUGUGCUGUUCUCCAGGCACCUAUGGGCCAAACUGCAGUGCGUGCCAGGGGGGCUCUGAGAGACCCUGUAGUGGGAAUGGCCACUGCAACGGAGAUGGCAGCAGACAGGGGGAUGGAUCCUGCCAGUGCCACAUGGGAUACCAGGGACCACUGUGCAAGGACUGCGUGGGCAGCUACUUCAGCUCACUGAGGAAUGAGACCCACAGCAUCUGCACAGCCUGUGAUGAGUCUUGUAAGACAUGCUCAGGCCCAACCAACAGAGACUGCCUAGAGUGUGAAGUGGGCUGGGAGCUCGUGGAGGAGGCCUGCGUGGAUGUGGACGAGUGUGCGGCAGAGACGCCUCCUUGCAGCCAGACGCAGUACUGUGAGAACGUCAGUGGCUCAUACACGUGUGAAGAGUGUGACUCCACCUGUGUGGGCUGCACAGGAAAAGGCCCAGCCAAGUGUAAAGAGUGUGUCUCUGGCUACUCGAAAGAGGGCGGACAGUGUGCAGACAUAGACGAGUGCUCACUAGCAGAGAAAGCAUGUAGGAGGAAGGACGAGAACUGCUACAACACCCCGGGGAGCUUCGUCUGCGUGUGUCCCGAAGGCUUCCAAGAGGCAGAGGACGCCUGUGUGCCUGUGGCAGAGGGUGAAGCCACAGGAGAAAGCCCAGCACAGCCGCCCUUGCGUGAGGAUCUCUGACGGCGUCCAGGUCAGAAGUCAGCCCCACCCUGUAAGUUAUUGAAGUGGCGUCCUGUGGGAAAGGUGGCCCUGCGGAUGGCUGGGAGCAGCUCCUGCGUGGGAAUGGCGACGCUCAUCUGGCCCUUUGAAACACUGCAUUUCUCGGUUGUUCUUAAGCAGAUCUGUAUAUUUUGAUACCAGUCUUUAUAAUAAAAUUGACCAUUGAACGUA